GCGUUGCCCGCACUUCCGCCCUGCAGCAAGAUGGCGGCGGGCAGUGGGGGUUCCGGGCACCGUCGGCGGCGCGGGGCGCUGCGGCUGCUGAUGCGGGUGGGCUCGGUGCUGCUCACGCGCUUCCCGUUCUGGCACUGCCUCAGCGGCCUCCUCCUCAACGCCGAGCGCGCCGACGCCCGCCGAAAACCAGACAUCCCUGUUCCAUUUCUCUACUUCGACAUGGGCAUGGCGGUGCUGUGUGCCAGCUUCAUGUCCUUUGGGGUGAAACGCAGGUGGUUUGCCCUGGGGGCUGCCCUUCAGUUGGCUAUCAGCACAUAUGCGGCGUACAUUGGAGGCUACGCGCACUAUGGAGACUGGCUGAAGAUCAGGAUGUAUUCACGGACGAUAGCCAUCAUCGGUGGUCUCUUGGUGUUAGCAAGCGGGGCUGGCGAGGUCUACCGGCAGAAACCGCGGAACAGGUCCUUGCAGUCCACGGGGCAGGUAUUCAUCGGCAUCUACCUCAUCUGUGUGGCCUACUCUCUCCAGCACAGCAAGGAAGACCGCCUGGCCUAUCUCAGUGGCGUCCCAGGUGGAGAAAUUGCCUUACAGCUCCUCUUUGUCCUCUACGGGGUUCUGGCCCUGUCCUUCCUGUCUGGCUACUACAUCACCGCAGCCGCUCAGAUCCUGUCGGUCAUCCUCCCUCUGGUCAUUCUCUUCAUCGACGGCAACUUGGGCUACUGGCACGAUUCCCGCCGGGUCGAAUUCUGGAAUCAAAUGAAGCUGGUCGGGCAGAACGUUGGGAUCUUCGGGGCUGCCAUAAUUUUGGCCACGGAUGGCUGACAGUAGACCUACGAGACACUGAAGCACGGUGCUUUGAACUGGGAGUGGGGUGCAUUUUGCAGAGGAUGGAGACUCUCCCUCUUUUUAUUAUUAUUUAUUUUUUAUCAUUUUAC